AGUAGCUUCGGGAGUGUCGAGUUCGUCGUUCGCGCCUGUCGUUGAGGGUUUGUGUUUGGUUCUGUGAUCUCGUGAUCCCACCGAAGGAUCAUGGCCUCCGUAUCAAGGUCUAGCAAAUACGUGUACAAGAGCAGCGGGGGAUCCGGAGGCGACAUUUCGAUCGAGUAUGGAACCGACCUCGGCGCCCUGACCAGGCUCGAGGACAAACUCCGUCUGCUCCAUGAGGAUCUGGACAGCGAGCGAGAGUUGAGGCAGAGGAUUGAACGCGAACGAUCCGAUCUGCAAUGUCAACUCAUCGCACUUUCCGACCGCCUGGAAGAGGCCGAAGGUGGGGCCGAAACCCAGUGCGAGAUGAACAAGAAACGGGACACUGAGCUGUCCAAGCUCAGGAAACUGCUCGAAGAUGUCCACUUGGAAAGCGAAGAAACCGCCCACCAUCUGCGCAAGAAGCACCAGGAAGCCAUCGCUGAAUUCCAAGAGCAGCUCGAUGCGGUUGCUCGUGCCAAGGCCAAGUCCGAGAAAGAGAAGCAGAAGUUCCAGGCCGAAGUUUACGAAUUGCUUGCUCAAGUCGAGAACGCCCAGAAGGAGAAAAUGACUGCCAUGAAGACCGUGGAGAAGCUCGAAACGACCGUUUAUGAAUUGAACAUCCGUAUCGAAGAGUUGAACCGAACCAUCGUAGAGGUCACCGCUCAGAGGUCCCGCCUCAGCGCCGAGAACGCUGAGUACUUGAAAGAGAUCCACGAGGUUAAGGUUUCCCUCGACAAUGUCAACCACCUCAAAGGCCAACUCGCAACCCAGCUGGAAGACUGCCGCAGGCGUCUCGAAGAGGAGGACAGGAGGCGCUCCACUCUGGAAAACCACGUGCACACUCUGGAGGUCGAGAUCGAGUCUCUGAAAGUUCAACUCGAUGAGGAAGCCGAAGCCCGUCUGGAGAUCGAGAGACAGCUGUCGAAGGCUAACGCUGACGCUGCCACGUACAAGAGCAAGUACGAGGCCGAAUGCCAGGCGCAUAUCGACGAGGUCGAAGACCUUCGUCGCAAGAUGGCUCAGAAGAUCGCCGAGUACGAAGAGCAGCUCGAAGCCCUCCUGAACAGGUGCUCGUCGCUCGAGAAGCAGAAGUCGCGUCUGCAGUCCGAAGUCGAAGUCCUCAUCAUGGACCUCGAGAAGGCGACGGCUCACGCCCAGGCUCUCGAGAAACGCGUCGCGCAGCUCGAGAAACUCAACAACGAUCUGAAGGCCAAGCUCGAGGAAGUCACCAUGCUCAUGGAGCAGGCGCAGAGGGACGCCCGGCAGAAGGCCGCCGAGCUCGCCAAACUUCAGCACGAGUACGAGAAGCUCCAAGAACAGAAGGACGCUCUCGCCCGAGAGAACAAGAAACUCAGCGACGAUCUCCAGGACGCGAAGAGCUCGCUCGCCGAUGCCAUCCGUCGCCUCCACGAGCUCGAGAUCGAGAUCAAGCGUCUCGAGAACGAGCGUGACGAACUCAGCGCCGCCUACAAGGAGAGCGAGUCCCUGCGCAAGUCCGCCGAGAACCGCUGCCAGGUGCUCCAGUCCGAGCUCCAACAAGUUCGUCACGAGUACGAGAAGCGUCUCGCGCAGAAGGAAGAGGAACUCGAGGCGCUCCGCAAGCAGUACAUGCUGGAAGUCGAGAAUCUCAACAUGCGUCUGGCCGAUGCUGAGGCCAAGCUGAAGACCGAGGUCGCUCGCAUCAAGAAGAAGAUGCAGGCUCAGAUCACCGAGCUCGAAAUGUCGCUCGACGCCGCCAACAAGCAGAACCUCGACCUGCAGCGCGUCAUCAAGAAGCAAGCCAUGCAGAUCCAGGAACUCCAGGCCCACUACGACGAGGUCGCUAGACAGCUCCAACAGACCCUCGACCAACUCGGUGUCACUCAAAGGAGGUGCCAGGGUCUCCAGGCCGAGCUGGAUGAACAACGUGUCGCGCUUGAAUCCGCCCUCCGCGGAAAACGCGUUGCUGAGCAGUCUCUCGAAGAGGCUCAGGUUCGCAUCAAUGAGCUCACCACCAUCAACGUCAACAUCGCUUCGGCCAAGAGCAAGCUCGAGGGCGAACUCUCUGCCCUCCAAGCCGACUACGAUGAACUCCACAAGGAGCUCCGCGUUGUCGAUGAACGCCUCCAGAGGACCCUUGUCGAGCUCAAGAGCACCAAGGAUCUCCUCGUCGAGGAACAAGAGAAAUACAUCAAGGUCGAAUCCAUCAAGAAGUCGCUCGAGGUCGAGGUUCGCACCCUCCAAGUCAGGAUCGAGGAAGUCGAAGCCAAUGCUCUUGCUGGUGGCAAGAGGGUCAUUGGAAAACUCGAGGCCAGGAUCCGUGACAUUGAGCUCGAACUUGACGAAGAGAAGAAACGCCACGGUGAGACUCAGAAGGUCCUCCGCAAGAAGGAUCACCGUUCCAAGGAAUUGCUUGUCCAGACCGAGGAAGACCACAAGACCAUCACCAUGCUCAAUGACACCAUUGAGAAGCUCAACGAGAAGGUUAAAGUCUACAAGAGGCAAAUGACUGAGCAGGAAGGCCUCAGCCAGCAGAAUCUGUCCCGUGUCCGUCGCUUCCAACGAGAGCUCGAAGCCGCCGAAGAUAGAGCCGAUUCUGCUGAAGGAAAUCUCUCGCUUAUCCGAGCCAAGCACAGGAGCUGGGUGACCACAUCCAGCGUGCCCGGCGGCAGCCGACAAGUGUUCAUCACAGAAGAGUCCUCCACCACUCAGAUGUAAGCGUCAACUGCCCCGCACACAUUUCCGGCAGUCAGAUUCCUAUGAUUUCGGCCAGGGGUCGCUUGCCGAGUCUGCAAAGGAGCGACGAUGCGACCCCUUUUUACUCCGUGCCAACGUGGUGACUCCGACUAAAUCAGCUCAGCAUCAUAAGACGUCCCGUUUCAUCUUCCUCGACGACGAAACAAGGCCGCCUUCCCAGUGGUCGAUGUGUGAGAUAAAGCAGCGAACGAAUUUGUCGGGCGGGAAAAGGAGUUUCCGCAUUCGCACGGAGUGCCCUCUCGAACGGCACUUUUUUGAUCUUGGGAAUAUGGAAACAAGGGACCUACGUCGAAAAACCCUGUAGGUCUCUCUGACUGCAAAGGAACCAAGAAUUUCCCGAGCUCGAAAGAGUAGCCUUUCACCAAGUUCCCAGCAACAAAGUUGAACGACGACCACCACCACAAAUUCGACAUGUAUUUGAACCAAGUCGAGAAACGAAGAAUCCUAAGAGAGCGAAUGGAUGUCUGAGCGUGUGAUGCGUGCACGCAUAUAUCAUACCAUGGAGCCGACGAAUCAAAAUCGAACGAUGGAGUAUCGAUGCAGGCCAUGUCAAGCAAUUUUUGUUAUUUAUCGAACUAAUAAUAAUAAUAAAAAAGG